AUGGUUCUUUGCGUUGUUCCUGGCUGUGGAAGUAGAAGUGAACGAGAUAAAGGCAUUGGAUAUUAUCGCAUACCUUCAGUGAUAACUAACAAAGGAGAGUUUGAGGAAGAACUAACUACAGAGCGCAGAAACGAGUGGAUAAAAGCAAUCGAUAGAAGCGACACGGACACAAAGCAAGUUCUCGCUUCCGAACGUGUUUGUGGCAAACGUUUCGUAAAUGGACAGCCAGCUCCUUACUGGAACAAGUACCACGAAGACUGGGUACCUACAUUAAUUCUCAGGAAAAAGAAAUACGGAACUAAAAUCAACUUCGAAGCUCAAGCUAAGAGAGACGGGAGGUCAAGGAAGCGGGAAAAGCUUGCACGCGAACGCCAAGAACGUGAAUCAGCUGAGAAACAGAAGCUUUACGAAAGCAGCCUUCCUGUUGUCGAGAUCGACUUUAGACAGUCAAGCUCCUCUAGAACGUUUGAGGGAAGUCAAGACAAAGGCGAAGAGGGGCUGAACGAGGAAGAAUUGUUUGCAGAUGUGAUCGUGACUGAAGGCGAAGGUGAAAACAGAAAGGACGCCGGUUGUCAAACGACAAGUGGCACGACUGAGUACCAAGCGGCAGAGUGCCAAACUACAGAGUUUGAGUACAUGUUUCAGAAAAGCAAAUACCAAGCACCCAGCAAAUAUUUCUUUGAAUCUGAUGAGAAGGUUCGUUUUUACACUGGACUGCCUUCACAGGAAGUGCUUAUGGUUGUUUUCAAUCAUGUUGCCCCAUAUGUUACUCAACAGACCCAGUCACUAGACAGAUUUCAAGAAUUUAUGAUCGUUCUUAUUAAACUCCGGCUGAAUCCACCGUUACAGGAUCUUGCAUAUCGGUUUGCUGUAGCAGUAUCUACCAUUUCCAGAAUAUUUUUCCAUUGGGUUGUUGUGAUGGAUGCCAGAUUGUUUCCGUUUGUUUACUGGCCAGACAGGGACCAACUCUGGAGGACCAUGCCUCAGUGUUAUCAGUACGCAUUUGGUAAGAAAACUACUGUUGUUAUCGACUGUUUCGAAGUCUUUAUCGAAAAGCCGUCCAAUUUGCUAGCUAAGGCGCAGACAUUUUCAAGCUACAAGCAUCACAAUACCAUCAAGGUUCUUAUAGGAAUAACUCUACAAGGAACUAUUUCUUAUGUGUCUGAAGCCUGGGGAGGUCGUGUUUCUGAUAAGUUUUUAACCGAGAAUUGUGGUUUCCUGGAAAAGCUAAUUCCAGGAGACAUGGUUAUGGCAGACAGAGGUUUUACAAUUACUGAGUCUGUUGGACUUAUGCAAGCAAAACUGGUAGUCCCAGCUUUCACAAAAGGAAAGGCCCAGCUGGACCCAGUGGAUGUGGAAACGACAAGAGGUAUUGCAAAUGUAAGAAUACACGUUGAGCGUGUUAUUGGGCUACUACGAAGAAAAUACACUGUUUUUCAGUCAACCUUGCCCACAGAUUUCCUGAUCUGUAAUCACAGAUACUCUGACCGACACACCCCUUUGGUAGAUUCCAUGCUAAGAGUCUGUGCUGCUCUUGUGAAUUUUUGUCCUCCAAUUGUACCUUUCGAUUAG